GCAGCAACACAGCGCGUUGUCUCUCUUUCUCUCUCACACACACCAUCCGUCUCUCUCCUUUCACACACAUUCACGCCUCUCAGACGCACACAGCAGCAAACAGGACGCGAACAGGACGUAUCGUUCAUAUAGGGAAUAGAUCUGAAGAAAAAGGAUUAACUGUCUACAUCCCUCUCCCUCCACGGACCUCAUCCCUCCUCUUGUGUCUCUAAGCCUCUCUUCAUUCCGUUUUUUCCCUUCUACAAUCCCCCCGUUUUCACAAUUUAUUGCUGGGUUAAAGGGAAGCUGGGGGGAUUGUCUCUAUACAGAAAAGAGGAUUAUUCUUACAAUAUUCACUUGACCAGGAUCUUGAAUGUAUGGAUUUCUUUAACUGAAGGGGCAGCCGUUUCUCUUUUUUUAUACAUUUUUGGGAAAUCUUUUUUUAUCGAGGAUGGCUGAUGGCAGAAAGCUGUAGGGCUGUUGCUGUCUGAGAUAUUUAGUCAAAAGGUGUUUUGGUGCAGCUUUUCUCAGACGCCGCACUAGUGGAGGCUGAAGGCAUGGCGGCUUGACGUCCCCAUAGCCUCCGAAAGAGGAAGGCCGCAGAGCUGUGUGUCAUGCCCCCCCACACCCACCCUCCCGGGGGCAUUGGCCUGCCCCCACCCAGCUCUUCCACCCACCACCUGACCAGACCUGUCUUCCUCUGUGUCCUCUGCCUUCUGGCGACGCUGCUGCCAGCCGCCUCCUCCUGUCCCCCCCCCUGCCUCUGCAACUCAGCCAGCCUGGUGGUGGACUGCGGGGGCCGGGGCCUCUCCUCCCUGCCUCCCCUACACCUCCUGCCCCCAGGGAGCCGCUCCCUCCUGCUGGCCAACAACAAGCUGGCAUCGCUGGGAGCCUCUGCCUUCGCUAACCUCUCCUCGCUGGAGGAGCUCGACCUCUCUAACAACUACUUGGACAAUUUACCAGCUGGAUUAUUCAGAGACAUGUCCAACCUUACAAGACUAACUCUGCACAACAACUCCCUAACAGUGAUGGACAGAGAGCUCUUCCAGGGUAUAGGGGGUCUUCAGAGUCUGGAUUUGUCCCUGAACGGUCUGUCCUCUGUUCCUGUGGGACUACUGGAUGAUCUGCAGAGCCUCAGGUGGCUGUCUCUAGCGGGGAACAGGCUUCACGGUUUAGAGAGGGCAGCGUUUGAGCCACUUGCCAACCUACAACACCUGGAACUGGGACACAACCCCUGGGAAUGCGACUGCAACCUCCGCGAUUUCAAACACUGGAUGGAGUGGCUGCUGUACAGAGGGGGGAAGGUAGACGCGGUGGAGUGCACGCUACCGAAGGAUCUGCGUGGACGAGACAUCCGCGGUGUGCCGGUGGAAAUGUUCAACUACUGCCUUCAACUCGAGGAUGAAAACGGGGGAGGAGGUGAGGGUUCCCGUUCAGGACAAGGAGUUCCUCCCUGCAGCAAGAACGCUUUUAACCCCAGUGGGGAGACACCGAUUUCUGACAACACUGAUGACUCCUCUUCCAACACUGGAGGUGGAGAGGCCCCGUCGGAUUGUGUCCGCGCCCGUUACCGACCCGUGAGCGUGCGGCGCGCCAUCGGCACAGUGGUGAUUGCAGGGGUGGUCUGCGGCAUCGUUUGCAUCAUGAUGGUUGCCGCAGCGGCUUACGGCUGCAUCUACGCCUCGCUGAUGGCCAAGUACCAGAGAGAGCUGAAAAAAAGGCAGCCACUGAUGGGAGACGGAGAUGGAGAUGGGGAUGAUAGGGAGGACAAACAGAUCUCCUCUGUGGCGUAGAGGAGUGACGGGGGGAGGGCUGGCGUGUAGGUGAAGGUUGGAAGGGCAACAUUCAAAAAGGGCUUGAAGAGUAGAGGGAUGGACGAGCUGGUUUUAUGCUCUCAAACAGUUAUGAUAUCUCUCGCUCUGACGAACAAACCAACACUUUUUUCUCCCACUUUCUAUUUUUAGCCUUCUCCCUCUCUGAACCUCUCUCUAACAACUCACAUGAACACACCUUAUCUGUUCCCUGAUUUUCUCUUCCAUUCAGACCCAUUCUCACUGCAGUAUUUGCUAUCCAUCCAACUCGCCUACCAACCACCUACUGCAGCUCUUGGCUGUUGCUGAAUUUACCAAUAUAUAUCGGCUGAGAGAAAAAGGAUUUAGUAAUCUCUCCAGUAUGAAACACAUCCUGUAAGCUGUUACAAGACCCUGGUGGGGAACAGUAUUUGUGAAAUUGGAUUGAAUUUCCAGGGAUUAACAGUAUUUAUGGUGUCGAUUGGAUCAAUAUUCACAACCAUGAGAAUUACUUUCAGUAUUAGUUAAUGCCCAGGUUUAGUUUGGUUUGCAGUUUUCUCCUCCUGAAAACAUGGACAGUUUUUCCUCCAAGAAACCAGGACCCCAGCCCAGAUCCCUUCACCCUCGUCUGGCCUAAUGCUCUUCAGAUGUUCCCUUGGACGUCCAACCCCCAAAUAAACAGUGUUGGAAAGCUUGGAGGAAAUGAAGGAAAAUAUUGGAUAACCACAAAGCGAUGUCAUUUAUAGUCUACGCUGUGUAGCACUUUGUUCCAGAGAGAAUACUGGGGAUACAGAUAAUAUGUUGAUGGGAAAUCAAACACAGAGUCUCCUGAGGAUCGUGUCUCUUGAGACUUGUUCAAUGUGGAACACAUUUCGUUUGACAAAAUGAUUAUUCAUGAGUGCAAGACCUUUGAAUUGCAUAAGGUCAGACAACGGACAUCCUCCCUCCUAUUCGGACCAGAUCUGUUUCUCUCUGGAUAUUCUCUGGACCAAUAACCUUCAGGUGUCACAGGCUGGAGGUGUGUAUGAGAUCCUAUAAUGAAUCUUAUCAAUCAGUUCAAAGGGGAUCAAAACAUUAAACUGGACUUUGCUGUAUCUGUCACUUUUGCUCAGAAUAAGGCUCAUGCUUAUCUGAUGCUUGUUAAAAAACUCUAAUCAGUAUCUGAGGGAUCAUAAGCCUUUUCUGGUAUUACUUGGGCUUUGAAGCUGGUUCAAAAAGGUAUACACAGUUGUUGUAAAGACAUUUAUGAGAUUAUAAGGACCACAGACUUUGCUUUAAAACAAAUAGUCUUUGUUCAGAGCUCAUUUUCAGACUGGUUUCACCUGUCAGAUGUGAAAGUUUGCUACUAUGGCACGGAAGCACUAUCUCAGAGAACCCUGUCUCCUGACAAGGACUACCAAACGUCAUCUAAGGACUACAAACCUCUGACUCCUGCACUUUAUUUCCCUUAGUAGAUCCCCUCUGGCCCCCCUCCCCCCUCCCUGCUCUUUCUUUCUAAAAAGGGACAAUUUGCCCAGAGGGAUUAUAACGAACAAGGGAUUAAACAAAACGACGCUGCUAUCUGUCCCCCUCCUCCCCCACUAUCUCAUCCUUUUAUCUCUCCAUCCAUUUUUCCAUGCAGUGCUGUAUAUGGAAAGUAUUUCAUACUUCCUAAAAGACUUCCACCUCCUUCCUUUCCUUUUAUCCAUCCUCUUAUAUUGUUGUCCUUACGUUUUCCCUCAAAGGUCUGCAAUGUGCAAUGGAAGUUGUCACCGUAACAUGAAACUGUUGUCACCACCAAAAGUCCUUCUGUUAUAAACUAAGCUGUCAUAUGUCACUCAAGAGGAAUCCGGGUGAUCGGCAUCUCUCUCAGCUAAUUCACAAAAACUGCUAGUUUAUUUGCUUUACAUGGUGUUUUCGUAAUUAUCCUUAAUAAUGCCUUGAAAUAUUUAUGGUCAUGUGUAUUUAUGGUUAGUGUAGGACAUUUGUGUCUGUAGUGAACAUCCUCAAAUACCUGGCUUUCAUUGCAUAUUGCUCCCCUACGGUAAAACUGUUCCCUCUCAAUUUUUAAUUGGCUGGAAAUACAACUAUAUUAAUAGUGUGUUAUCUUAUACCUUGGUAUGAAGCAUAGAAAUAUUAUUAUAUUAGUCUCUAAUAUGGUGUGUUGGCCCAACGAACCCCCCAAAUGUUUUUGUCGUAACUGUUUAUGGUUUUCUGUAUCAAUUCAUGAUGUAUGUCUGUUGUUGUUUUAAUGUCUCCUAUGUUUUGUUUUAGGUUUAAAUAUCUCUGUGUGGUAUUGUUUUAUUGUCGUGUUCAUUCAUUUGUGUUCAGUAGCUGGUGAUGUUUCUGCAAGAGGCAUAGAAAGAGUUUGGCCAUUGAUUAAGGACGAGAUAAGUCGUGGAGGUGGCAUGGACACUAGUGUUUUAACAGGACCUUUUACAUGCAAUGCUAAAGGACCAACUUCAUCCCCUACAAAUAACAUUUCCCUAUGCGACGUACUGGAAAUAAUAAACAGCAUAAGCAAUUAUGGAGAAACCAAACAUGAUGAAGUAUUUCAGUAAAGCUUUUCUGAAGAUACAGUAUUUUCAGUAACUCAAGGGGGAAUAUUUGUUGCGAAAAAAGUUAUGGUCGUCGUUAAAUAUUUAAAAGUCAAGACUGCAACAUUACACUACGUCUUGUCUCCAGUUUAUUCGCAUAUAAAAGUAGUUUGUAGGAGAUAGAACUGGUUUGAGGUCAAGAUGCGCAAAAAGUAUUUCAUCCUGCAUUGCAAAUAGAGCCGGACGCACUUUAGCAACAAUGAUCACCUAUGUAAUUUGAAGAAAUGGAACAAUUGGCAUCUUUGGGAAAAUGUAGCAAAGACAAGUAAUGGCUAAACCUUUUCUACGAACCCAGAGACAGUGUCCUGUCACCUCCUGGUCUGCAGGUCUUGUGUUGUUGGUAGCUAAGUAUCUUAGCUAGCUGAAACCUGUUCCUAUAGCCUGUGCGUGUAAGAAUAAUAAACCAUAGUUUGUUACGUAAAGCUGCAGCAGCCAUAAUGACUGAGGGCCUCAAAGACUAUAUUGCCUGAGAAUCUAUGGUGUGUUGUGUUAUUAUGAUGAUUGUGGACAACAAUGAUAUGAUGGUGAUGGUGAUGAAGCAUUUC